GGGGCUGCGCCGUCUGCCGGGAGCAACUGUUAAUAUGAAACGCCCUGGCGUUGACCCCUGGGCUUCAGAGGGGGUCGAAGGUCGCAGCGAGAGUCCGCGUAAAGGGGCGCCUGGAAACCAGCCAGGCCAUCCCAGGUUUUCUACCCCCCAAACUGGCCUUGGGAGAAGGACACCCUGACUGGCAGGCCAAGGAAAUCAGGAGACCCUGCCUCACUUUCUGGGUGGCGUGGGAAGGUAUCCGGCGCCGGCACCCUUAGCAUCAUUUAGCCCAGACUCAAGAGAUCAAAACACGUGGGCGGGGGACUCCGCCAAACACACUUUCCAAGGAUAUUGUGGCUGUGACCUUGCGGUAUAUUUUGCACAGUAAUAAGGAAAUGACAAUGUGCUCUCAAUGAAAGUAAAUGGCAUCAAGUUACAACAGGGCACAAGUAUUCCACGCAUCAUUCAUUGCAAACCUUCAGAUUGAUGUACAGCUAUACAUUUUAUCAUUUCUUUCACCUCAUGAUCUGUGUCAAUUGGGAAGUACGAGUCGCUAUUGGAAUGAAACUGUCCGAGAUCCAAUUCUGUGGAGAUAUUUUCUGUUGCGGGAUCUUCCUUCUUGGUCCUCUGUUGACUGGAAGUCUCUUCCAGAUCUAGAAUUCUUAAAAAAACCUAUAUCUGAGGUCACAGAUGGUACAUUUUUUGACUACAUGGCAGUCUAUAAAAUGUGCUGUCCACAUACAAGAAAAUCUUCGAAAUCUAGCCGUCCUAUGUAUGGAGCUGUCACUUCAUUUUUGCACUCACUGAUCAUUCAAAAUGAACCACGAUUUGCUAUGUUUGGACCAGGUUUGGAAGAACUGAAUACAUCUUUGGUGUUGAGCUUGAUGUCUUCUGAGGAACUUUCCCCAACAGCUGGUUUGCCUCAUAGGCAGAUUGAUGGUAUUGGAUCAGGAGUCAGUUUUCAGUUGAGCAAUCAACAUAAAUUCAACAUCCUAAUAUUAUAUUCAACUACCAGAAAGGAAAGAGAUAGAGCAAGGGAGGAGCAAACAAGUACAGUUAACAAGAUGUUUAGUCUACAGAAUGAAGGGAAUGGUCAACAAGGAAGCCGGUACAGUGUAAUUCCACAAAUUCAGAAGGUGUGUGAAGUUGUUGAUGGGUUCAUCUAUGUUGCAAAUGCUGAAGCUGAGAAAAGUCAUGAAUGGCAAGAUGAACUUUCUCGUAUUAUGGCCAUGACAGAUCCAGCUUUUGGAUCUUCAGGAAGACCAAUGCUUGUUUUAUCUUGUAUUUCUCAAGCAAAUGUAAAAAGAAUGCCCUGUUUUUAUUUGGCCCAUGAGCUGCAUCUGAAUCAUCUAAGCCACCCAUGGAUGGUCCAGGAUACCGAGGCUGAAAGUCUAACUGGCUUUUUGAAUGGCAUUCAGUGGAUUCUUGAAGAAGUAGACUCUAAGCAUGCAAAAUGAUCAUCCUCCCAGACCCUGGGAACUAAAACCAUCUGAACUUGUCACUAAGGUGUUGAUGUGGGCAUUUGCAUUACUAGCUCAUUUUGUCCUGCCUUUGGCAGGUAGGUUUUAUACUGGACAGCUGUAGCUACAGUGCUUUUUGAAAUACAAUUCUUACUUUUUACCUUAAAUCAGUUACAAGAAAAAAGCUAAAUGCUAGCCAGCAUUUAUCCCUAAAAUGAAUCUCUUAAGAUUUUUUGAUAACUUUUAUAUUUUCUGUCUUUUCAAAAAUAUUAAAUUCUGGA